AUGUCGCCGGAUCAUCAGGACAGAAAUAGACUCGGUGCGGAUCCUCUAACGCCUUGUGCCUUCCAACCCGGACUGGAUCUCUGUCUUUUACCCCAUUAUUUCAUUUCGCAGUCUUUACACAAUGGUCAUUAAAGUCUACCUGGCGUCCUCCUCCGGAUCAACAGCGAUCAAAAAGAAACAGCAAGAUGUUGUUGGGUUUCUUGAGGCGCUUAAAAUCGAUUACUCACAGCUUGACAUCGCUUCAAAUGAGGAGAAUCGCCAGUGGAUGAGGGAAAAUGUGCCAGGAGAAAUGAAGCCCACCAGCGGGAUUCCUCUUCCUCCUCAGAUCUUCAAUGAGCAGAUGUAUUGUGGGGUUGAUGAGAACGGGUUGAAAGUUCCUAAAGUUCCUGGAAAAGCACUUGUCAGAUCUGCUUCAUGA